GCAGUCUGCUGCCAGAGCGUGUAGGAGGAGUUGCAGAGCCCCUUUUAUUCAUUAUCAUUUUUAAUUUCAUUAAUUUGUCCAUCUUGAUCGUCGCAACUUCUAUAUCUUCGUGCGAACUACGGAGAAUGACAAGAAUACCUUACAUCACUUCCAAUUCCGUGGUCACACUCGUAACAAAUUACAUUAUGUGAAGUGUUACUGGAACUGCGUGAAAGGCUGCGGUAACCGGUUCCAGUCAUUAGAUGUAUCCCGUGACCACCGCAGGCGGAAGGGCGUGAGUGAGCGCUAUUGAGUUGAGCGUGUGGAAGUGUUGCAGCCUGGCGUGCGUUUGGGAACAAGCUAAGCUGGAGGGAAGGCGGGAGUGCUGCGAGGGAACAGCCCAGCCACGCCAUCUUCUCAUCGCAGAGGUAAGGCAAUCCACAAAACCAAGAUUGCUUCAUUCGUUAGUAAUCAUUAAAAAAAAACGGAAGAAUAACUUCAUUCUGUAGUUUCCUGGUUAGAGAUAACAUACGUACAGUACAUACACUGUUCCUUGUUGUAUGCAUCCAACAAUACGUGACAGACGUAUGUGUAGCAGCUUAAUGUGAGACACGCGGCGCACCCACUCCUACAGAGUUGAUUCCCCUGAGAAGGCAAGAAGAUGCCUGCUCAUGGUGAAGAUCGACAACCUCGGGAAACGGACUCUCUGCUGGCCUCCGAGGAGGAUUCCUCAGACAGCUCUGAUGAUAACUAUUUGAAGAGAGUCCUCUUCAUCAAGGAACUACAACAAGAAGACUGGACCCACUUUCCGGGCAAGCGAAUCAGCUAUGGCACCUGCAAGCAACGGGUCGGCAUCACCCUGACUUGGCGUGACCUGAGCGUGUACGUGCCGGAGAAGAAGACCUGUUUCACAAGACACCAUAACCAAUACCAACCCGUUAAAAAAGUGCUCUCCAACGUGUUCGGUGCGGUUCAGUCUGGGAGUUUGCUGGCCAUGAUGGGAGCAAGCGGAGCAGGCAAGACCACCUUGAUAAACGCCCUGGCACACCGCACCACCGGCAAGAUGGUGGUGGACGGGGACAUUCUCAUCAACGGCCACAAGGUCAAUGAGGCGCUGUCCACGCUGGCCGGAUACGUUCACCAGCACGACCUCUUCCUGGGCUCAAUCACUGUUAACGAACAUUUAACCUUCAUGACUCGACUGAAGAUGGACCGCCGCACCACAGCCAAGGAGAGGCAGGCACGAGUGGUGGAGCUUCUCAACACUCUGGGACUCGCCAAGGUGCAGAAUACUCUCAUCGGCACUCCUGGAAGUGAAAAGUCCCUCUCCGGCGGGGAAAGGAAGCGACUAGCCUUUGCCACAGAGAUUCUGACUGACCCACCACUUCUGUUUUGCGAUGAACCAACCACGGGUAUGGACUCCUUCAACGCAAAACUGAUGGUGAAGAUCAUGCAGGACAUGGCCAAGCGAGGCAAAACUAUCUUGUGCACCAUUCACCAGCCAUCCUCAGAGAUCUUUGCGAUGUUCGACAGGUUACUUCUUUUAGCUGAGGGACGCGUAGCAUACAUGGGCUCGUCUGCUGGUGCUCUACAGUUUUUUGAAAGCGAGGGUUACAAAUGUCCCUCUACCUUCAAUCCUGCUGACUACUUCGUGCACACUCUGGCAGUCUUCCCUGGCCACGAAGGUCGCUCCCAGGCACGCAUUGAUACAAUAUGCCACGACUACACCAUGUCUCCAUACUACAAACAAAUCGAAAUGAUCAUUCAACAAGAGGAAGAUAUUCGCCUCUUGAAUCUGAAAUAUGGAAACAGCUAUGAAGAGGAAUUAUUCCACAGGAACACUCCUGAGAGGCCUGGGUGGCUGGUGCAGUGGUGGUGGCUGACGUGGCGGGCACUGCUGGACUCCUACAGGAACCCCACCGUCCAUUACAUAAGAACAGUCAAGAAGAUUAUUUCCGCUUUCCUGAUCGGACUCAGCUACGCACAAAUAAGGCUGAAUCAAGCAGGCAUUCAGGACAUCCAGGGCGCUCUCUACUUCUUUGUGACUGAGAAUUCUUUUCCUGCACUCUAUGGGGUCCUUGAUCUCUUCCCAAAAGAGAUGCCACUCUUUUUCCGGGAGCAUAGAAAUGGCAUUUACCGCUCAGACACUUACUACAUCUCUAAGAUGAUCGCCCAGAUGCCAGGAUUCAUUGUGGACCCCGUUGUGUAUUGCCUCAUCUGCUACUGGCUGAUUGGUCUGCAGCGACAUUUCUACCAUUUCGCCUUAACAGUUCUCAUCAGUAUCGUUGAUGCUCUAACAGCAUCAGCAUGUGGAACGAUGAUCUCCACUGGCUUUGAAAGUCUUCCCAACAUAUUGCUGUUUCUCAUUCCCUUCCAAUUGAUAGUCCUCAUCUAUGGCGGUCUCUUUGCUAACUUAAAAUCCCUGCCCUGGUACACUGCUUGGCUCAAGUUCAUAUCCUGGUUCAUGUACAGCAAUGAGGCGCUCACUGUCACACAGUGGAAAGACAUCAAGAACAUCACAUGUGAGAUGCCACCAGGGGUGCCCUGCUUCCACACUGGUAUGGAGGUGAUUGAGAAGUACGCCUUCAAGCCAUCCCACUUGGCCUAUGACUUCGUGAUGAUGGCGGUGCUCUAUUGCUGCUUCCACCUCCUAGGUUUUGUUGCACUCCACGUGAGGGCAAAGAAAAAGUAGCCCAACACUCGCUGGCUACCGCUGUGCCUCUUAUCUAUCCACGUACCACAGAGAUCCCACGUGAUGUGUACGGAUAAGUCAUGACCAGUCUUAAUAUACACAUAAUUUGCUUAGUGGAUUAUUGCAGUAUGAUAAUCGUUACUUGAAUAAAUCUAGAUGUCUCUAUUGACCAAGAGUUACAGGUACUGAAAGGUCUGAGUUGCUGGAUCACUCCUUCCACUGCAGGUAAUGCCUUUCAAAAUGAUACUCUUCACCUGGACAUCAGAUCACGCUUGAGGAAGCCUUAGUAGUGGAAAGUUUGAUUAAUGUUUCUGUUUCGAAAUGGACACUGUUCUUUACAUACAUAGUAUUGGUAAAAAUAGCUUUGUUACAAUAUUGUUUUCCUUUGUUUAUCUAGACUCAGAAAUAAGGUAGAAAAUAUAUUAAAAAUAUAUGGUAAACAUUUUAUGGAAACUCUAUGCUCUUUCAAUGUCAGAACAGAAUAAUGAAUUUCAUUAAGUGGACUGCAUCCUCUACAGUUAUAAUAUAUGGAUCUUUUGGGAAUUUCCCAAUGUAUGAUUCCUCUUAGAAAGGCGAGUUCACACGUGUAAAUAUGCAACUGGAAUUGCUAGCCGCUAAAGUUUUCGGCUGGAUUGUGGUGCCUAGCGGGUGGAGAAACCAACAGCAAAACAAAACCAAUGCAUGUUCGUUUGUCCAGUCGUUAGCGGCCUUGUUUACAUCGUGACGUCACGGAAGACGUGAAAAUGUCUGUGUCCACAGGCAGAGAGGAAGAUGUUGGAGGAAGUGAGGGACAAAUAGCAUGUUUGGGACCCGAAAAAUGAGUACUACAGCAAAAACACCUUACGUAGAACUACAUUCGAUGAGUCGCUGCCACUCUCCGAUGACUUUCCCUCUGUGCAGGGUGCUGUUGGAAGUGAGGAUUGAAUGCUUGCGAUGAUUUAAUUAGAUCGCAGUUGUGCACAGUAUUUUGUGAAGAUGAACACUCUAAUAAGAAAUAUAGGCCAACCAGCCGAAACUUCGCAGCCGCUAAGUGUGAACAUGUUCCGGUUAGUAUGACUCUGUCGAUACUUCUAGCGACUACCAUUUCCAGCCGCAUAUUGACACGUGUGAACCCGCCUUAAACUUAGUAUUAUGGCGGCUUACGAGGUAAAUGAUAGAUUCUUCGGUCAGAGGAUUUAAGUGUUACAGGCAUGUUGUCUUUAUAUUUAUUGUCGUCUGUCUAUUAAUGUACUCCCCAUCAUUGAUGUACAUAUGUACAUAUGU